AUGGACAAGCUGAAGCCGGAACAACUUGAUAGUGUCACACGCUUGCCCCUCGGUCCUGAUCCUGAUGAAUUUGCUCGCUUCGCGUCUAGCUGCAAGGGUGUGGUCACAGAGAUCCUCAACAAAAGCGACGUCAAGCGCAAGCAGACUUUCAGUUCCUCCACCUGGGUCACCGGAUGGCUUCCGUUGUUGCGCAAACGUGUCCGUGCUGCUGUCGUUGAAGGCCAAACCACCAACCGUGCCACUCUGGAAUUUCUUGAUGCCACCUUCCUACAGGUAGAAAACCAUCUGCGCAAGGAACCGGCAGGGCCCUCGACGUACGCCUUCUUCAUCCAGAAAUUGGCGGCCGCCUGGGACACUCAAGACAAGAGCUCGGGGAUUGAUCGUCUUCGCAGUUUUGGCGUAUCCAACGGCGAGACUUACGGAGAAUACAUCCGUCGCUAUAAGGCUCUGGCCAUGACCGUCAUGGUUUCCCACCACGCGUUCAAGCCUUCGGAUGCGCAAGUGCAGAUAGCUGUUCGAGACUCCAUGUUGAAACAGUUUCCGGUAGUGUCUGGGCAGGUGUACAAGGAUGAGCAGCUCUCCAUGGAAGCCCCUUUUGGGCGACAUGCUUCGUGUCUGGAUGAUAUGUGGGAUGUGUUGGACAAGCGUGCGUUCGCGCACACGCCGGCGGUACAUGGAGAUGAUUUCUUUUCGGUAUCUUCCACGAAUGCUAGGAGUUCGUCUGCUGUUUCGCGUGCUGUAGCUUCUUCGGCGUUGCGUUCGACGGUGACCCCUUCGUGGAGCCAAGGUUCUUCGGCCGCCGUGAUGAGUGUUGACCCUCUACCUAAUGAUGAUCGGGACCCUUUUCUGUUGCACUACAGCGACUGGCCGUUGCAAGGACACUUCCAAGAGGUGUACAACGUCGCUAGUGAGAUGGCUCUAACCAAGAAUGAUCCGCCAUUGUUCACCCCCUUGGUCUCGGCUGAAGAGCGCCGCAACGCGCUUCGACUGUACAAGGGCAAGUGCCUCAACUGCUUGGGAGAAGACCACUCCUUCAAAUCCUGGAGCCGAAUGGCCUCUGCUAACAUUGACCCCGCCGGAGCCGCCGCCCUAAGGCCGCCCUCCGGAUCACGGAGCGUUGCGACUUCGCCCGCUCCUGCCUCGCUUUCUGGGUCCUCCCCGUCGGAGAAGAGGACCCGUCCGCCUGGUCCACCCCCGCCUGUGCCUGGUGCCCGCUCUUUGCCCCUUCGCCCUGCACCGGCUCCGCCGUUUGAUGACAAGUGCGAGUACGCUUCGGAUGACGUCCUUCUUUUCUGGAAACCUCCGUCUGUGUUCUCGCAAUGGACUCCUUCGGCUUUUGACGUACUGGGGGUACGUUAUUCAUGUGGUGAGCAAUUCAUGAUGUCUGAAAAAGCGAAGUUGUUUGGAGAUAUGACGUCGUAUGACAAAAUUAUGGCUGCAACAGAUCCUAAGACACACAAGUUUUUGGGUCGAAAUGUGCGUCCUUUCGACUAUGCUGAAUGGGAGCGUCGUCGUGAAGAGAUCGUGCUUACGGGGUCGUACGCCAAAUUUGCUCAAAACCAUGACAUGAAACAUCAUCUACUGGAGACGGGUACCCGCCUCCUUGCAGAAGCCAGCCCCUUCGAUCGUGUUUGGGGUAUCGGCAUGUCUGCAUGCUUUCCAGAUGCUAGCGAUUCAUCCAAGUGGGCGGCUAGCGGUUCUUCGCUACGGAAGGACCCGGGCGAAGACCCAGCUUGUCUACGUUUGGACGCUCCGGGGGACCAUGCUCCUGGCGUUCAUCUGGUGGCAUCGACCUCCGCUUGUGCAGACCAGCCUCCUCUUCUCGAACAUGGGCCCGAUCUGGUCGGCGGCACGCUCCUGUUGGACUCGGACUCAUACACCACCCGGGUCCUGCUGCAUGGAGGACCUACAGCCACUUCUCAACUCGCGCGAGUGGCGCUUCUGGACUCUGGGUCUCCUGCAUCCUUCGUUUCCGACUCCGUGGUCACCGCCAUGAUAGCUGCCGGAGCCCUGACAGCUGGCAGCGUUCGUGUUUUGCCCUUUCGUCGUUGGGGUGGGUUUGGUGAUGGACCCGCCCUUGUGACCACCCGGUCGAUUGGUCUCACCGUUAAUUUUCUCCAUGGAGAUAGAGCUACCGCUUCCUUGGCGGUCUGGGCCUGUGUUGUUCCAGACGCCGCCAUGGGGCACGCCGUGCUUCUGGGUCGUGAUAGCUGGAUGAGCUUCAACUCUCGCGUGUUCACCACCCUCCCCCA